UCUUCAGCUGCAGCAGCUCAUCAUCGGGUGCGAUCGACACGCGAGUAAACAAAACAGGAGGCCAUCUUGAAUUUACAACAAAGUACAUUCAAUCGAUCAGUGGUAAAUAACACAGCGUUGCUUGAAGUUCUAAGCGAAGGUACGAUGGACCAAAGCCGAGAGUUAGCAAAGCUAAAGCCGGUAAUACGAUGUCUGGUAAUGUCGCAUCCAAAUCAUUGCUUGACGUUGACCGAGCUGGAACGAGACUUUCGGAACACGGAAGGCUACCGUAUCCCCUUCGACCGGCUCGGUUACCCGAGCGUUUAUCAUCUGUUGUGCUGCUUAACGGAUACGGUGCAGGUUUACAGUGCCAACGGACGCACAAUGGUUAAGUACGUUUCCACCCCGGCCGUGGCCCACGUGGAACAAUUGCUGCAGAAUACCCGCAGGUCUGGCCAACGAAAAGGGCGCCAGUUGCAUGUGAGUUUCAAAGAAAACGUACAAAAACACUGCUCAACCGUCUUUCGGGUGCCGGAAAUACGAGACGUCAAGAACAAUAACUAUAACAGUGUGCAAAAACCGAGACCUAAUUCAUCUGGUGCAGGAUGGGUACAAAAUCACAGUAAAGCACAUGUUGUACUGCCAAUGGAAGCUAAAAAUGUGAACGGACACAGCGGUCACGAUAAUCGGUCUCCUAAACAGCCUUCGCAGUCUACGCUGAAGAUAGCUCCCGUAGGGAAGGAGAAAGUAACUCCUGCGAAACCAGUACCAGCUGCGACAAAAGGAUCUACUGCGAAAGAACAACCUACUGCGACAAAAGAACUUACUGCGACAAAAGGAUCUACUGCGUCAAAAGAACCUACUGUGAAAAAAGAAGAACCCGUCACGGUGGUCAUGGAGGAAUCCUGUGAACAUGUCGAUGGCAGCAUUGCUUCAACGAAACCGCGCAGCAGCGUGUGGGAUUGGAUCAACAUGCUGGACAUGCCCUCGGAAGUAAUGGGUCUAUCACGAACCAUUCCCAAGGUUGACGUGCUCAGUUACUUCGUGGAGCGAGAGAUCACAAACGUGCGGGUCCUUCACAUGCUCAAUCCCAAUCGGCUGUGGUUGCGUAGCGCCGCCCAGGAGCCGCUGGUCGAAAAGUUGUACGACGAGCUGAACGAAUGCUAUAACCAUAUUGGAUCCGAUCGAUGGCGCCUGGAGACGAGUAAGGUGCAGCACGGGCUCUACUGUGCCGUACUGUAUGAGGAAGUCUGGCAGCGGGGAAGAAUCGUGGGACCACUGAUCGGGAGCCGCGUGAAGGUGCACUUCAUCGAUACGGGCUUAACGGAGCUGGUGGAUUAUAGACAUCUGAAGUUUUUGGCCACCUCGUUCGGCACUGUACCGGCGCAGGCAGUUCGAGCCUCGUUGGCCUGUUUAAUCUCGAAGGGAGGCGUGUGGACUAGGGCAGAGUCCGACAGGUUAACGAGGCUAAUUAAUUUCGUUUCGCAACAACCCGCCUAUAUAAUGUGCAUCAACAAUAAGCUCAAUAUUUUGGACAUUAUUCUGAAACAGUCAAACGGAGCCUGGCUGAAUGAAAAGUUUGCUUCAAUAGUAUCUGCCCAGUGGACCGGCAGUACCUAUCUCUCAAAGAGCAAGGAUGAGUAUCGCAAGAAGAAGUAUACCUACAACGAAAGGUAUCCAAGCUUCUUUUGCAUAGAAGAGGGCCAUUUCCCUGUGAUGGAAGAGAUACGCAACGCACUGGCGCGAGGUUUCGAUUAUGAGGAACUGUAUUCCCGAAUACCCCAUGUACAAAAGAAUGGUAUUGUGGAGCGUAUUACUCGUAAUACCUGUGAACAGAUGGUGCAAAUGUUUGGCAUAAAGGUCGUUUCGGAACAGGAGAAAAAACAGAAUCAAAAAGAAAACAACACACCACAUGAAAACGGUGUCGAAAGUCAUCAGUGAGCUGUAAAACUGUCCUGCAAAUCCCAAUUCGUUCAUAAAUUCUUCAUCUAGCUGACAAGGAUACUUACGCUGACCAGGUUGUUGUAGGAAUCAUCGACCAGCUUGAUGUCAUCAACAGCCAGACGGGUGAUGCAGUUGUAACGGUACUCCUCUAUGCUGACCAGACCGUCGUUGUUGAUGUCCAUCAUCUUGUAGUGGGCAUCAAUGAAGGCCUU